GACCGUUUACAGGGUGGGAGUCCCGGUGACAGACAAUGCAGAGUCUGGAGAUCCGGGAGCGGAGCGUCUGAACAGGAGUGCCCGACAGCAGCGCACACCCAUCGGCUUUAAGGUGAAGGAGAAAGACCGCAAGGAAGGAGCGAGGAGAUCGACUCAUCGACUUGGUUUGAGGUGGGAAACAUUCACGCCUUUUCCGGCGACUGAGCAGGGUUUGUUGUAAUGUCAGGUUUCUCUACCGUAUGUUGGGACAGUGUAGGCAAAUUAGACUAACGGUUUAAACUGUUUUGGAUGAAUACCCUUUAAACAAGCGUACAUAUUUGUGUUAUAGUUACACAGGCUGUUAUUAAUACAUUAAUUGUACUUGUCAACAAGUGCUUUUAUGACCCAAUGUGUCCUCAUACAGUCUGCUUGGACCUGCGGGGUACACGCCCCAUUUCUUAAAGCCACUUGUAUGAAGUCCAGCCACUUAGUGUAAAGUGCCAGCAUCUGCCACUAAAACACAUGUUGUUGUUCUUUUUCCUGAAAUAAUCUCCUUUAAACGCCAAAACCCCCCAGUCCGUACAAUUAGAUUUUUGUUGAAGGUACAUAUGCGCAAAUAUUGAUGGUUUGUUGAGUGUGUACAGCAGCAAGCCGGCGGCCAGCCCCUCUUUAUGAUCUUGGAAGUAAUGCUGAGCUAGUCCCCAGAGAGAUCUCAGCAAUCAGGGAGGAGUGUAUAACCCAGAGGGAGGGAGGGAGGAAGGAGGGGGUGCUGUUGAGGAUGUGUGGAUGAAUGGAUGGUUCAGCCCCCUAAUGAUGCAUGCAGAGAGAUGGAGGAAGGAGAGAGGUGAGAUAUGAACAGGAGAGAUGCAAAGAUGGAUGAAUAUGUGAGACUAAAGGAGGAUAAAUGGGUGUGUCAGUGGGUCGAUAAAUAGCCAGAUGGGUGAUGGAUGAAACAUACAGCAGGGAGAAGAGGAGGAGAAUCCAUUGCCCCAGGCUUGUCGCUCAAGCUCCCAUAAGUUUCAUAUGGUGAGUCCAUGUUUGUAAUACUCAGUCAUGGAGGGAGCGGGCCAGGGACUGUGAUUCAUGACUGACAUAAGAGCUAGGAGAAAUAAGGGUAGAUGAUAAACCAUUAUUAAAACAACACUUCCAUUUACCAACAAGCAUCUACUCAGCUAUUAGUGUUCAUUUUCAGGCAUGUGAGUGUUAACCCGAAUUGUCAAAUAGCUGAGAUUCCUCACUCUGACAUACUGAUAAUGGAACACAUAAGCACUGUCCUACCACAUCCCUUUCCCAGAAAGCCAACCUUUCAGUCUUUCAGAAAAAACUCCAGCUGUAUUGGCAAGAGAAGUCAGUGAUGCAGCUAUAUUCAUCACUCAAAGUUAAUGCCAAGUCCGGCCAUUUAGUUCUGUAGCUGGAUAUCCUACUUCAGUUUAGGCUAUUUAUCUGCUUAUCCAGUCAACAUACCUGUUGCAUGAUGCAAAUGUUGUCUGAGUAAACUAGUACAAGGGUUAUUUUCCUCAGCUUGUUCCUACAGUGUAUGAAUAUAACACAAAAAACAACUUUUUUCAUCUUUUAUAUGUUCUUUUCAAGUGCUGUUAACUCCAAACCACAUAUUUACCUUGGUUUAGUGUUUGACAAUAGACGUGAUUUCUUAAAUGAACUGAUUUACUGAUUAUUCGUCUGAAAUAUACACAAGUCUAGCAAUGAACAGCAUUUAUUUUGUCAUAUUUAAACUUUAUUCUGAUUGAAUUGUGUUUGUUCCCCACAAGAAAUGCAUAUUGAAGCUUCAAUGAGGAGUUUUUUGACAAUAAUAAAAUGGACAGAAAUUCAUAUAAAUGUCUUCUUAUGACAUCCAAAAGCAAAAAAAGACCAUCUGGGACAAGAUUGGCGAUUUGUAUGUCAUUAUUUUUAAUCCCUGAAACUGGCACAAGGGGUUGGUGCCAGCUGAGCAGCUUAAGACACACUCCGGUUUCUUAAAUAUUCAGGUAAAAUGACGACAUUAAAUGACACAUUUUACUGUCUAAAGUCAGCAUGGUGAGAUUUUUUUUAAGAGACACUUCUUAAGCUUCAAAGGACAAGACAAGCAAAGACUGCAUUGUCCACAAGGGGCGCCAACAUUGCAGAAACAGAGAGUUUCUCUUAAGAGCUUUAAGAUUCUAUCAAUUUAAGGAAAUUACAUGUUUUUUCUCUCACAGGAAGGACUAAUCAACCAUUUCUCUUUUGUGUCAGUUAUUGUGAAUGUUAUGGUACAAUGCACUAAGUCUUUUAAAUGUGCUGGGAAUUGUUUGCAUCCCAAAUAGUUGCAGAUACAUUUCCAAUCACUCUCUGACCCUUUUUUUCUGGAUUAGUUUCCACUCUAGCCAAAAGUUCGAUUAAGAGCCUCUCCCCUCUUUUGGCAGAGAUGGCACUAGCCAAAGAUCACGGUGGCCAGGAGCCAAGAGAUGCAGCAGACCAGAACUUUGACUACAUGUUCAAGCUGCUUAUCAUCGGUAACAGCAGCGUGGGGAAGACCUCAUUCCUGUUCCGCUUUGCAGACGACACCUUCACUUCAGCCUUUGUCAGCACAGUGGGCAUCGACUUCAAAGUGAAGACCAUCUACAGGAACGACAAGAGGGUCAAACUUCAGAUCUGGGUGAGACGAAAAAAUACAUUCAGACAAAAAUAUGCUAAAACAUGAUAGUUUGUUUCGUGAUGAAAAAGUUGUGGCCAGUGAACUGCAGAUCAGUGAAUGCACUAACAAUCAGGGAUAAGAUAAACCUUUAUGUGUCCCACGGUGGGGAAAUUUACAGUGUUUGGAUCGGCAUAGCAGACAUAGAGGAACAAGUACACUCAUUUUGAUUAUAAAAAAGCUAACUUAGACCUAAACAACAACAAAAAAAUAACGUUAUUUACAAAAAAAGAGGAGAAAAGCGACAACAAAGAAGUAAAAAAAAUAGAGGAAAAAACGGUCCGACACAGUGAACAAAGGAAAAUUAAACAUGUUGCACAUUAUUUGAGUUAUUAAACCUGAGAAAAAAUGUAGGUAUUUGCCAUUGUAAUAAAUAUGUAGUCUUUUAAUAUUGCACAUUGAGGUAGCAUUGAGUUAUUGUGGGUUAGCUGUGCUAAAAAACCUGGACUACUAGGAGCAGAGCAGGCCUGGUUAGCCUGACUGCAGCAGGAAGGAAGGACUUGUGGUAUCUCUCUGUCACACACUGCCGGUGAAGAAGCCUGUCACUAAAGGAGCUGCCCAGUGCUGUUACAGUGCUCUGUAGGAGGUGGGAAACAUUGUCCAUGAGAGAUGAUAGCUCAACUAUCAUCCUCCUGUCCCCCACCUCCUCUACAGAGUCCAGAGGGCAGCCCAGGACAGAGUUAACCUUCCUCACGGGUUUGUUCAGUCUGUUCCUGUCCUGCCUUUCCUCAGAGGGAGAGAAAGAGUAUUUAAGAGAAGAAAACUGAAAAUAAAGACACAUAGAACAAGAGCCUUUCAGAACAAAGACACGUAUUUAUCCUGAAAUGAAAGAACUUUGCAGCAUUGCCAGAUGACACUACCAAAGCCCUCUGCACUUGUAGCAGAUAGUCCAGGCCUUGUUUGGUGAGACAACAGCUGCACUGUGUAAAUACAAAAACAACAACAAAAAAACCCUCAAAGAACUAAAGUUGGUCAACAAACUAAUCAUUUUUUUUAGGUUGGAAGUGCCCGUGAGCUCAUGUUAACAUACAAAAAGAGGACAACUUCUGGCUCUCUCUGGAUUUCAGUUCGCAAAUAGAAAAACAACAAGAAAGCCUUAACUCCAGCUAGACCAUCUCCAAUUCAUUAGCGAUGGUUUGUAAUACACAGUUGUAUUAAACCAAAAUCAUUGAGAAAAAUAUGAAUGAACAACUUGAGUGGUAAAAAUGUGAGUAGUAUACUACUUUCAUAAAGUUGUAAAAAAGUUAACCCUAUAAAUCCCAGGGCCAUGCAGAGACAGUCAUUUUCUUCAAGUCUGUCUCUGUUGCUAAUUAUUCUAAAAACAAGACGGUGGUUCCCUGCCACUAACAGACUAAUAUACAAAUAUGACUCAGAGAAGGGACUCUUGAUCUCAAAGGGGUACCAUAAACAGACCUAGACCAACCACACUGCCUCUGAAAGCUUAACAAGUAAAAUCAAGGAGUUGUAGCUCCGGCCUGCUCGACCAUAUAUUGUAGAUAGUUCUGACAUCCCAGCUCAUCAUUCUUCCACUUGAACAUUAACACAUACUGAAGUCCCGUCUGACAUGAUUUAAUGGCCACCCAUUACUACUCUACGUCAAUUUCCAAAUAAAUUCAACACAUAAGAUUGAUGAUAAAAAGCAGGAUGUUCUCCAUCAGCUACAAUCAGCCAGCGAAGCAGCAAGCAAAACAACACAAUUAAACCCACGCUCCAUAAAUGGUUUUAAUUGGGCAGAUCCUAAUGAGGAUAAAUGGGCAGGAACCAGACACAUCUGCCAGAACAGAUGAAACAUGAUUGAUUUGAUUUGUUUAUAGACAAGGACAGUCGGAUUAUCUAACCUCGAAACACACAAGCUCUCCAAAAGCUGUAUUGACGUCAUGAGUUUGUGUUUUAACUGUUUAAGGUCCCAAAAAAUGCUUUCCAUAGUCUUCCAAAAUCUGAAGUCAUAAAGAGAGAGGCAGAGUGUCUUCGAGGUCAGAUGGUAAGAGGUUCAAACCACCGGAUUAGAUGGUUGAAAGUUUUCAGAAUGAUAAUUUCCAGCAUAAAAUUAACAAUAUUCCAUCAUCAAUGUUAAAUAUCAUCAAAAGAUUCAGAGAAUUUGGAGGAAAAGGCCUAAAACCAGUUCUAGGUAGUCCUGAUCUUCAGGCUCCCAGGGGGCGCAAUGUUGAAAUUCCAAAAAGUAUUGUCUGUGGUCAACUGUACCAUGCUAAGAGGAAACCAAAGGUAACCAUGAUCUAGAAACACAUGAUCUAGAUUCCUCCAGGCCUUAGCUUUUUUAAGAUGAACUUGGCUGAAGUAGAAAACAGUCCUGUUAGACCUCUUUCUGAAAUCAUGGACACUGUGUGUUACUGCUCUGAGAGGAAAAGGGACCACCUGACUUGAUUCAAAAGCUAGAAGGAUGGUACAGGGUAGCUUAUAUUUAUGAAAAAUAAAUAUAUUAAGAAUAAGCUACUAGAGUGGCCAUCCAAGCACUACCUAUUUCAGGGAUAAAACAUAUUCUGCUCAUAUCACAACAGCAUGGCUCUGUAGUAGAACGGUCUACACUGGUCAACCUGAAAACAUUUGGCACAUUCUGGAGCAGCCGAGAUCCUAUUUCCAGCAAAAACGGGAGAACACUUAAUUUUCAGAACUCCAGGAACCGGUCUCCUCAGUUUCAAAUGUUUACAGAGUGUUGUUUAAAAGCAGAGGUGAUGUAACACAACGGUAAACAAAAAACAUAUGCCCUUAUCCCAACUUUCUAAAAUGUAUUAGUGGAAUAUAAUCCAAAAUGAACAUAUUAUUUCAAUGUUUUACAUGUAGUUUUUUGCACUAUUUUCAUAUAAAAUUUUUGAAUGAUUAGAAAACCAAAAUUCUGCUUUUAUCAACAAGUUAAAAGAUUUUUCCAAGAUUUAAAAAUUUGAGUUUACAUUUCACGCAGAGAAAAUACUGUUGGACACCGUAUCAUCAUAAUGAGUGCCAAAUGCUGUGAUUAGUUCAGUCUCAAAGCAGUGAUUCUCUCGUCUUUAUUUAUCAACAGUAUUAAUAUCAGCUGAAAGAUUCUCAAGUUCAGCUUAACCACAUGCAGAGUAAGACAUUACUUUUAAAAGCACUGUUACACAAUGCAGACUGUUUAUCCUCAGCCCAGUGUGUAGUUUGCCCUCCUACAUGCCGCUGCCUGUCAUGGAUGUGGCGUAAAGUAAUCUCUCACACUGAGGAGUUAAUGACAGUUGAUGUUUAACAUCGUCUACAGACGGCAGGGUUCAUGAAAGAUGCAUGGGUAAGAGCUGCCGGAGCUGAAUGUGCUUACUGCGCAGGCUGACACCCAGGACAAAUCUAUUACUGAAUGUUAGUGGAGGGCCAAGAGUCACCCACAGCACUCCAGUUAGAUGAAAGUAAUACAUUUUUUAGCUCUGAUUAUGCAGCAAAAGCAAGCCUUUUCUGCCAUGCUUUACAAUGAUACAGCUGCAUACAUUUAAAUAGAGAAAGGGCCAAGAAAAGUUGUAUUGGUUGUUAAGCCACUUUAAUGAGUUUCAUGGGGACAACAAUUGAUGCUCCUGCUGUGACUCCUACAAUAUGGCUUCUGUUAGAUAUAUAGUAGGUCACCAGCUAUACAUUAAUCUCCAUCUGUCAGUAAUGUAAGAGAAGGAGUGUAACUUGGUGCAAUUUUUUAAUAUAUAUUCAGGUGCUCAGCUGCUCGUUCCAUGACCAUAAUAAUGCUUAAACUGUAAAAAUUAACUUCCUUAGAGUUUCCUUAUGUCUUCAGGGCAUAGCCCCAUGCAGAUCCUUGUAUACUUUCAGGGUGUGGCUACAUCAACACACAGCAGAGAGAAAUUUACUCCUGUUCUGAAAGUGUAAAUGAUUCACCCUUUCCUCUCAGGACAGCCAGGUUUAAUAUUUCUCUUCCUUUCCUCAGAGUUAAUUUAUAUUUUCAUUUAAAGGUUUAUUGGUUUGUUUAGUGUAGUUGUAGUUAUUUGUAAUGAUGUGGCCCAAAGUGACAGUGAGAAUACAGUUAUAUCCUCUUGUCCUCAAAAACAGACAUUCUUGAUCCUUAGACGAGAACAUUUACUGAGUUCAAAGGUGGGGAUAACACUUCAGUUUGGCUUUUUUUCAUAGUCAGAAAGAGGGUGCUUCUUCAUUAUGGCAAAUUUCACCAUCAACAUUCCCAGACAGUUACUCACAAAACGUUUCAUGUAUGAGUCUCCUACAUCAGUACGACAGCUAACAUGCUGAAAAAGGGUCUUAAACCAGGCAGUGGUUUAAUCCUUUCUAUGGAUAGGAUACAACAGAAACCUCAGUAUGCAAUAAAUCAUAUUAUUAUGGAAGUUCUGUACAGAUGUAAAUAUGAAUCAUGUACAUAUACGUUUUCUUUAUCUUUUAUUCUUUUUCUCUUUCUGUAUCUAUACUAUGCUGCUGUAAAUUUUGAAUUUCCCCCUGUGGGACUAUCAAAAGAACAUCUUAUCUUAUCUUAUGUCUAGUCAUUUGUCCAGAAACUGCUCUCAUAUUCAUCAGGUGUGUGAUGGGUUUACAGGACACAGCAGGGCAGGAGCGUUACCGGACCAUCACCACGGCUUACUACAGGGGGGCCAUGGGAUUCCUGCUCAUGUAUGACAUCACAAGUCAGGAGUCUUUCUGUGCCGUACAGGACUGGUAGGUAGAUCUCCACCUUUAUGAGUCUGUCGUCCAGUAGGUGAAAGUAUCAAUAGAAAAAACUGUGUGCCAGCUAUAGUGAUUAAUUGUUUUGAGUCAUUCUUGACUUGUGUGACAGGGAAGACAGAACUUUUUGAAUGAGUGUUGAGAAGAAAUUUAAAACUUUUGACAAAAAUUUACAGCUACAGAGAAAAAUAAAACACACAGAUACAUCAUAACAGUUUUACCAUCCUAAAAAAAUUAGCCAAAGUAAAUCUAGAGUAUGGGCAACUAUACAGUUAUGUCUAUAUCAAAUAAAGGCUAAGGUCUCUGUAAUUUCUCUAAUUCCCUGUCUAUUCCUAAUUUCCUUCCCUAAGAUGCUUCCAUACCCUAAACUUCAGUGAGAGAGGAACAAACAGUAGAGUACUGCCACCAAAAUCAUGUGGGUUAAAUAUCAUAAAGAGAAGAGCUAGAGAGCAGAAAGCCCUUGUUUGAAAAUAGUCCUGGUAUUGUAAUACAUACCAUAUUUUUCGCACUAUAAGGCGUAUUUAAAAUCCUUUUGGCUUGUCGGAGCACUGCAGCUACUGUAGCCUUGCAGAGUUAUUGAAUGAAUUAAAUAAAGUUUGACUUAUCUGACUGUUUUGUUUGGCGUAAUGUGCUUUAUAAUCUGGUGCACCUUAUGUAUGAAAAUAGACGCAAAUAGAUGCGUUCACUGGUGGUGCGCCUUAUAAUCAGGUGCGCCUUAUAGUGCGAAAAAUACAGUAUUUAUAGUGUUUAUCAAACAGUAAGAAUGUAAAUAAUUUAAAAUCCAGGUUUUUCUCUUUGGGGGAUUUUUAUUUCGAAUAUUGCAUCAUAUUUUGUAUUAUAAUCAUAUGUAAAAGUAAAAUUAACAAAGCAACUGUGGUACUGUGCCACUUUCCCCAUACAGGAACAGUGAGAUGUUGCCAGUAAUACAUAAGAUAAGAUAAGAAGAAGAAGAACUUUAUCAGUCACAGGGGGAAAUUUAAAAUUACGUAUACACAUGAUUACAGUGUUUUACAAUGUCUGUAAAAAUGUUUUAUUGCUUUCUUUUCCAGGGCAACUCAGAUCAAGACGUACUCAUGGGGUAAUGCUCAAGUAGCGCUGGUAGGCAAUAAACUGGACCUUGAAGAAGACAGACAGGUCCCUACUGAAGACGGCAAAAGACUGGCGACAGAGCUGGGUCAGCACAUGAACACAGGCUCAUCGACUUUUAUCACAAACUCAGUAGAGCCCUCAUCACUUAAUCGUGACUCAUAACCCGUCUCUUCUCUUCCUUACUUCCUCAAGGCUUCCAGUUCUUCGAGGCCAGCGCCAAAGACAACAUCAACGUGAAGCAGGUUUUUGACAAACUGGUGGACGUCAUAUGUGACAAGAUGAACGAGAGUCCCAACGGAGAGGCCGGUCCACCGACCAACCAAAAAGGAGCUGAUCUGAAUGAACCGCCCCGCAGCAACCAGGGGGGCUGCUCGUGCUGAUAGCCGCCGAAGGAGAGCUGGUUUUAGAGUCACACACACAACAUACACAGAUUAACUGUCCAAGAUCUCUCAUUGUGAAUGUACUUUUACUCAUGUUACUACAAUACCGUCAUGAAUGCUCGACUCUCUUUUCUUUCAUUUCAUCUUUUCCAAUAUGCUGACUGCAGCAUUCGACAUCAUUUGAAUGUGACUGUUACACUGACAUGCCAAAGAGCUGCACUGAGCGGCUGUGCCUUUGCCCACCACACUGCUGCUUUACUUUUUUUAUACUGUAGGGUGAACAGCACCUGUUAACAGGUGAGUUAUGAAUGAAAGCCAGGAGCCAAAUCAGCAUGGCAUGGGGAACGCUGUGAUUUACUUGAGACAUGCUGCCCCCUUGUGGGUGUUGCAUGAGAAUACAUCACUUUGACUGUUCACCAAACAGUGUGUAUAGUUUGAAUGUCCCCCCCUGAAGUCCUGCUGAGGAAGGAGACAGCUCGGUACAAAGUCAAACAUACCUGAAAAGGUGCUGUGUCAUUCCAGGUCCACGCGUUAAGUCCUGACUUGGUGUUGUCACAGUUUCAGAGGGAUAUUGUCAUCUGCCUUUGAUUUGUAUUUUUCUGUUGUUGAUAUUUUUUCUUUGUUAAAUCUUUUAAUGAUAAAUGAAAAUUCAAUAUUUCCAUCUUAGUUUUUUUUUUGUUUCCCUCAUUAUGUUAAGAUUAAAAGAUAUGAGUCAUGAAA